AUGGCCGAUGGCAUCUGGACGUCGGCGACUGCGGUGCAUGUGCUCAGCACCGGCGACGGCCUGGCGCGGUUUGAUGAAGCAUUUGUCGACCCCGCCCAACGCGCCCUUCUGCGGGAUAUCACGUUCGAGGUUGUGCUACCUGAGAUAAGCAUCAAAAGGCUAAAGAAGGUGCAGAGCAAUGCCGAGGCCGCCGCCAACGACGCUGCCUUCACCCGGGCCAUCUCGGACUUUCUGGGCCGUCUGGCCAGGUGGGAGGCCCGCGACGGCGCCAGCCUGAGUCUCAACAUCACGGCCGAGUCGCCAACUCACAAGAAGAGGCAAGAGUUGGUGGAGAACGGGACGUUAAAUAACUCACACAAUUCGUUCGGCCCGCCCAUCUGGGAUAUCAGGAACAUGGACCGCAUGCUCCGUUUUGAAGCCAGCACCCCUCCGCAGCUGCCCGAAGUGCCGUGCAUCACCAACCUCUGCUGUGGCGGAUUUCACUGCCCCCGGGUCCUGCACCCAAGCGUCCAGGUGGCCAUCUCCAACGCCUGCGUGGCUGUGAGCGUCGUCGAGUGGGAUCUGUAUCUGCCGGGGCGCCGUACCAUGCCGGCGCGCGUCCGGGAGCGGUCAGCCCUUGCACAGGCCUUGCAGGAGGCGAAGUUCACCUCGGUCACGGAGCUCAUCCUCACCCUGAACGACGACGACCCCAUGAACGAGGCAUUUGAGCUAGAGAGCCUCCUACACCAUCCCGACGACUUCGACACGCUCAGCCUGGGCUUGCGGCACAUCGCGCAGCUUCCGAUGCUUCGCAAGCUGGAGCUGAGAAGCACCUGGAUCUUAUCUCCCGUCGCGUUUGGCCCGCACCCCGAGUUGGCGGAUGUGUACUGCCCUUCGCUGGAGGAGAUCAUGGUCGAGGUCUCCAUGUGUACCCCGGAUGGGAGGUAUCUGAUGACGGGGGAUCCCGAAGACGCACCCGAGGACGAUGGUUACUAUGAGUCUGGCGAAGAGACACCCCCCGCCGCCUUCGACUCGGACGCUUCGGACACUUCGGACUGGGGGCCAGAGUUUGCAUGGGACAAGGCAGAAGGCGUUGUUCCGGCAGUCAUGUUUCGCACGACGCCUGACGAUGAGACCUUUGUCCCCCUCUGGGAAUCCUUUGCUAGGGCAGCCAGGUGCUCCAUGCCGAAGCUGCGGAACAUGACCAUCAGCUUUGGAGGUGGGACCAGGUCUUGUAACGCACCCUCCGAGGCGCAGUAUUGCACCGCCGGCCAGUCGGCCACAUAUUUCGAUCAGUUCCCAGGCUGCGCGGGAUUCAGCAGAGAGCACGCGCAGGAGCCGCGUUGGUAUUUUACCUCGACCGAGGACUUUGAUAAGUCGUGGCGGCCGCCUCGGGGGCUGAGGGACGAGCUCGAGGGCCCCGACAAGGAUGGUAGAAAAGGGCACAUUUAUUGGUUGAUAAACCAGAGAAGAAUCGAGGUAUAG